AUUGUCCAAAAAUAAAAUUUCUUUAAAUCGGCUUUCGUCAAAUUUGGCGCCGUUGUAAAGGAUAAAACUGACAUUUUGAAAGACAAGACAAUUAAACAACUAAUUAGAGGUUUAGAGCGUAGGGCUAUUAAAUACUAGCAUACUUUUACUUUCAUGCAUUACUGCAAUUUGUGCUUCAUACAAUCAUAUGCUACAAGACGAAAAAAUAACACAAUUAAUUUGCAAUCACUAGGUAUGAAUAGUUGUGAUUGAAUAUAGUAUUUUCAUGAAAAGUCUUUGUUAGAUGGAUGCUGUAACAUUUGUGCAAGGGAUUUGCAAGACCAUGUGCCCAGCAGAUGAAUACGAAAUAAGAAAGGAACACAACUUGGUCCGUCCCUUUGAAACAUCUUUCCUGUCUGCUGUCAAGUGCUACAGUAGGUCUGCUGCUGGUCAGUCAUUUGCCAGAAACAGAAAUAUAAGAGAUCUCUCCACACUAGACAACACAGUCCAAUACCUCUUCCAACAGAUUCUUGAUAAAAGAAAAACACACUUACCACUGUUGUAUGAUUUUGUAUUUGAUCGCCUUAGAGCUGUUCGCCAAGACCUGGUUGUUCAGGGGUAUUUGGAAGGAUAUAGUGGAUCAAAAACAGUGGUUGUUGUAAAAAUUCUUGAGUAUUGUGUCAGGUUUUAUGUCUACUUUCAAUUCAGGUUGUCUCAUCUUCCUCCAUCUGCAUUUAGCAGUCAUAUUAAUCAAAAUCAUAUUGAUGAGUGCUUAAGUCAAUUACUUCAUCUCUACUCUGAAAUUGAAGUGAAGAAUUCUGAGUUGCUUCAUCAAACAAAUUAUAUUGAAAUCGAAGCCCUUCAUUUGCUGUUAUCGAAAGGCUCAAAUGGUCUUCACCGUGCAAUUCAACUACCCUACAGGACGAAAACGCACACCAUAGUUAAAAAAUCUAUUGAAAUCAGCAUCUCUCUCUGGCUUGGAAAUUUUGUCAGAGCAAAUCGAAUCGCACAAGGUUUACCGUUGAGCCUUUUAUUGGCUUACCGUGCAAACUUUGCAUUUCUUCGAUCGAGAGUUUUAGAAGUUUACGAACGCGGCCAUCGGUCACCACAAGGAUCCAAGUUUCCUCUUGAUAAACUGUCACGUUAUUUAUUGUUUGAUACUACACAGGAAACCGCCGAUUAUUGCGCUGAGCAUGGUCUUUUGCUGGAUGAAACGGGUUCUUUCGUAAUCUUCAAAACCGGGACCACAUUAAAAUCAAGCGCAUCUUCUCAGUCAAACAACGUUUGCGACAGAGCAAUUGAAGAACAAUUGAAAAAUGUCCGAAUUAGCAACUUGCUAUAUGGACAGAGCAUUUGAAUUGGCCAGAGAAGCUUUAUCAGUCGGAGAAGUUCCCAUUGGUUGUGUUUUGCAUCUUGAAGGUUAUGGUAUAAUCGGUGAAGGAAGAAAUCGUGUGAACGAGACGAAAAAUGCUACGAGACAUGCUGAAUUAGAAGCAAUCGAUAGUGCUUUAUUGUGGAUAGAAAAGAAUACUAGUGAAAGUUACUCUCAAGUGUUUGGAAAAACAGAAGUUUGGGUGAACGUGGAACCUUGUAUUCAGUGUGCUGGAGCUUUACAAAUAUUAGGCUUCGCCCGUGUGUAUUAUGGUUGCUCUAACGAACGGUUCGGCGGAUGCGGUUCAGUACUCGACGUCUGCGAAAAGGACAAACGCUUUCAACGUCUUCAAAUACAGGGUGGAAUACGUGCGAAUGAAGCUAUUGAGUUGCUAAAGGAUUUUUAUCGCUGUGAAAAUCCAAAUGCGCCCAAUCCUAAGUCGAAAGAAGGGAGAAAAUAAUGAAAUUGUUUCUUGUCACUGUGUAUCCAUAUAUUUCUAAUUCUAAGUAAAAUAAAAGUUUUGGUUACA